UGAUGUGAUCGUCAUCAUCCUCCUCUAUCUCCUUCCCUUACUCUCCUCCUGUUUUGGCCCCUCUAAACCCCUCUAUAACUUGCAGAUGUUCCCUCAUUUUGUGAACAAAAACAACAUAUCUCAGUAAAAUCUCCAUUAACCACAGCUAUGUCGGGCGAUAGAGGGAAAGAUAUAGCGGAAGGAUCGACAGUGAACGAUCAACAGCAGACGCCGAGUCGCUAUGAGUCACAGAAGAGAAGAGAUUGGAAUGCAUUUAUUCAGUACCUGAGAAAUCACAGGCCUCCGGUCCCGCUAUCUCAGUGCAACUACAACCACAUCCUCGACUUCCUCCGGUACCUCGACCAGUUUGGGAAGACAAAGGUUCACAUCCAAGGAUGCAUAUUCUAUGGGCAGCCUGAGCCACCAGCUCCGUGCACAUGCCCACUUAGGCAGGCUUGGGGCAGUCUCGAUGCGCUCAUAGGGAGACUGCGAGCUGCAUAUGAAGAGAACGGCGGCACACCGGCGACAAACCCUUUUGCUAGUGGAGCAAUUCGAGUUUACCUUCGAGAGGUGAGGGAAUGCCAGGCUAAGGCGAGGGGGAUCCCAUAUAAGAAGAAGAAGAAAGCAUCUGGUAAUCAAGGGAAGGGAACGGAAGAGUCGAGCUCCACCGUGCACUUCUCCUGAUCUUCUCCUUCCUUUCCCACGGGAAAAGAAAAUGGAAAUAAGGAAGCAUGGAUUGGAUGGGAUGAAUGGAAAUUAACGAAGAUCACAACUUGACGGCAGCCCUAGUUCGAGGAACCUAAUUAUAAAUCAUGCAUAUCACUGGACGUUGCGGCGGAGAUGUUAAAUCAUAUGAAUCCCGCACGUGCAUUGUAUUCGCUAUCUCUCUAAAAAUUUGUAAGCUUACAUAUUGUUGUACGUUGGAUGUAAUAGCUAUGAUCAGAUCUCGCAGAAUAUGUUGCGAAGAAUCAAAAUAUAUUAGUGUCAUCUAUCUCAUUUCUUAUUAUGCCUA